UGUGUACAGCCGAUUUAUCUUUAGAUUUAACAGCUGAAACAAUUACUUUAUCAUCACUGACUGAUGUAUCGCAGAUUCCUAAAUAUAUAGGUAAACAACCUGUUUUCAUCGUCAAAAUGGAGUCUUACAUAUUUCUUGUUUCUGUUCUGUGUUUAUUGGUAGUAAAAGUAAACUGUAGAUGUUACAAAUUAGAAGAGUCUCAAAAUCAGUAUCUGGCUUAUGAAAGUACCGGCAUCGAUUUUACUGAAAGUUCUAACUUUCAGUUAUCUUUCAAAACAACUAAAGAAAAUGGCUUGUUGUACUACUCUGAAAGCGAAUAUCGAGACGAUGACGCACCUUUAGAUUAUGAAGGGUUGUACCUAUAUGAAGGGAUCCUACAUUACUUUAUAUUCAAUCCAACUAUAUAUGGUGGUGGAUUUUCAAGAGGAGCUCAUGUCAAAACUGAUUAUGAAGUUAAUAACGGAACAUGGAUUACAGUUGAAUUCUUUAGAAAUAAAGAAGGACAAAUGCCAGGCGCUUUCUCUGAUAGUAACCCCGUUACGGUCGAGCAAACUGGUAUCAUUGUUAAUGGCGACAAGUUUGUAUUUGAUGGUACCAUUGACAAAAUGGAUGUAACUGAUCAGAAAUUAUAUAUUGGUGGUCAUGUAGACUUGGCUGUCCGGAUUGAUAAACAGGGCAAACUGGGAAGUUUCGAUGGCUACAUAGACAUGUUUAAAGAUUUGAAGUCCAACACAGAACUGGAUCCUAAUGAACCAGGACAACUCUUCGAAUCGAAAGAAUGCGAUAGAAACUCUCCACUUCCGUAUGCUUAAGAUAUAACUGUUUAAUUAUUGUAACAUCCGGUCCGUGAUUGAAAAUUUCAAAAGUUCGUAUCAGCUGAUGUGGAUAGACACUGGUAUCAAUAUAAUACAGAUUGUUGUAACCGAGUUAUAUGGUUAUAGAUUCAGAAUCCAGUUUAUAAAGAUUUAUGCUUUUA